AUGCAGGUGGAGAUCAUGUGCAAAAAGAACUCCAAGAGCAAGAAGACCUCACGGUACACCUUCUUGAUGCAUACCACCGACGAAGUCACCCAAUGGGUCGAGCGGGUUAUGAACUUACAGUGCCAGCUAGGCGGAAAGUCGCAGAGUGACGUUUGCCUGCUGUCACCAGGUUUAGACGAGAAAAAAAAAUCGCUGGGAAAAACCUUCUCCUCUCCCAACACUCUCAGCAGCCCCUCACAACUGUAGUCGACGCCACAACGAGCGCACCCGCCCACAGUCCAAAGCUUCUGAAGAAGCCCACCGCAUAUCAACG